AUGUCCUUGGGGAAGGAGCUGGAUACAGUUCAACCGACACAACUGGACUCAGAUCUGUUCCUGCUGGACUCGCGGGUGAUCUGGGCAGCAGAAGAGGGCUGGCUGGUGUUCGACAUCACAGCCACCAGUAACCACUGGGUGCUGAACCCAGGCAGGAAUCUGGGCCUGCAGCUCGCUUUGGAAAGUUUGGAUGGUCAGAGCGUGAACCCAUGGGUGGCGGGACUGGUGGGCCGCAGCGGCCCCCAGAGCAAACAACCUUUCAUGGUGGCCUUCUUCAAAGCCACGGAGGUCCACAUUCGCAGCAUCCGCUCCACACAGGGCGGCAACAAGCAGCGCAAUCCCAACCGCUCCAAAACCGCCAAGGGCCAGGAGGCACUGCGUGUUGCCAAUAUCGCAGAGAACAGCAGUGCGGAUCAGAAGCAGGCCUGUAAGAAACAUGAGUUGUACGUUAGUUUUCGAGACCUUGGAUGGCAGGAUUGGAUUAUAGCUCCUGAAGGAUACGCUGCAUAUUACUGUAUGGGAGAAUGUGCCUUUCCUCUCAAUUCCUACAUGAACGCCACAAACCACGCCAUUGUACAGACUUUGGUUCACUUCAUCAACCCUGAAACGGUUCCAAAACCUUGUUGCGCCCCUACACAACUCCACAGAAAAACGUUGCAAAAAAUACAGUUUGUGAGAAAUAAUUGCAACAACGAAAAAUUGUAA